CCAAUAAAUAAAUCUCACAACAAAGUUCAAAAACUAAUCCAAUUUCCACUCAAAUUCACUCCACAAUAUUUCGUACUCUUCUUCUUCUUCCAGUUCAAAAGCUCAUCAAUGGAGAUUCCGAUUCAAGCAUCGAUUCCCAGCAGCCCAAAUCAGUCGGAAUGUACAGAUUUCGAGUCCAAACUUACAAUCUCAGACCAACAGCCAGAAAUUUCCGGCGCCGGCGACGGCGACGGUCUCCUCAAGCACCCGGAGAGCCCAGCCCAGAUCGGAAAAUUAACUCCCGCCGGCGAAACUCCGGCGACCCCAGAAUUUGAAACGCCCAAAAAGGAGAAGGCCAGAAGCCAAAACCAAUCGGAAAAGUCAAAUUCCGAGAUGAAAACGGCAACCCCAGUUGAGAAAGCAGAGGAUGAAACAGAGAAGAAACGAAUUUUGGUCCCUAAAAAUGGGUCGAUGGAUCGUCUGAAGGUGCCGAAGAGCCCGAAUCCGGCCGGAAAAGUGAAAUUUUCCGGCAUUGAAUUGCCCAAAAAUGGUACCCCAAAUCGGCUGAAAGUGCCAAAAGCAUUCAAAUACCCAGAAAGGUAUAUGAGUCCGACGGAUUUAAUGAUGUCUCCGAUCAGCAAAGGGCUUCUUGCCAGAACCAGGAAAGGGGCUGUGCCUUCCAAGAUGCACGAGUUGAGAAUCCGAGAGAUGAGUCUUGUCUAUCAAGGUGAAUGAAAUGAAUGGUUAUGAUGGGCCUCAAAUUUCAUGGAUUCUUUUCCUUUUCUUUGCAAAGGAUUUGCCUCACUCAGAUUGUGAUGCAAAAAUCAGUGUUCUAGCUCUAGUAAAUUGUAAUUCCAAGGUUUUUAUUGUAAUUUCCUGUUAUUGUCAUUAUUUCUUUCCAUCUGUAUUGUGGGGAGUUUUUGACCAUGAUCAAUUUGUAACCAUAAAAGUUACUUUUAUUGUUGACA